GAAUAUAUAUACUCUUUUAUUUAAUUCCAUCAGGGUAAGCCAGAUUUUCCUUCAUGGGGGGGGGGAAAGAGCUACUAUUUUGACACAACACACAAAUGAUUCGACUUGUGAUUUUGAAAAAUUCAUUUGUUUGAUUACGAAAAUCUGUCUAAUUUAAUUGAAUAUUCAAUUGUUUUGUGCCAAAAAGGUAGCUUUUGCUCCAUCCAUGAAGGAAAAUCUGGCUGACCUAGACAGAAUCAAAUUGGCAGUGUACAAUGAGUAUCAUCCUCCAAAAUCAAAAUUUUUCGAUUUCGGUAAAACAGCAGCAAGAGGAUUAUUGUCUGGCUUGACGACAUCUGACAGAUUGUCUGCUAGGAUUGCUGAAUUGGAGGCGGAGUUAGAAGCUGCUAAAACUAACCAGGGGAAUGCGGAGGUCAGGUCCAGUUCUUCAGGUUUGGGCUCUCUCGGGGUGUGUCGUCAACAUGUUUGUGCUGCCUGCUUGAAGCCAAGUUACGCUUGUGUGCAACUAGAGGGGAGCAGCGUGGAUCCAGAAGACUACAUCGGUCUCUUCUCAGAAUCUUCUAGUGCAAGGUUGUUGAGCAGCUCCAAGUCGGACUCUGAGGCUCAUUCUCACGGGCCAGCGGUGUCCGAGGUUUCGUCUUUUGUCAGCGAGAAGGCAAGAGGCAAAGAGUAUGCCCCUCCUGAUAUGCUCGUAUCCAGCGCGGCUGCACCAGCCCCACCUCCUCCUCCUCCUCCUCCUCCUCCUCCUCCACCCUAUUUUAUGCCUGUGAUUCGAAGAUUGAAGACAGAUGUUCAGACAAAGGAUCAGGUCAUGAAGAAAAUGAGGGCGGUCGGCGGGACUCUGUUGCCUGAGAUCACUGUUGAGGCUCUGAGGAGCGUGAAGCUCAAGAGGACAGGCGGCCCCGACCUGAGGUCAAGAAUCAACGAGGACGGAAACCUCUCUGCCAAGCCGCUUGCGCCCAGCAAUCAGCCUGUAGUCACUCUGGCAGCGCUACAGCGUGUGUCGCUGAGGAAAACAUCGCACGUCGUCAAGAGUCACGGUGACUGCGUUGAAGAUGACGUGAGUCGGAAGGAGAAGGAGAACUCUGGUGACGGUACCAUGGUCGACAUCCGCAAAGUUCUCAAACGAACAACCCUACAAAGGAGUCCUGGAGGUACUCCCAUGACAAGCAAGAGGACCAGAUGUUAGUCCAGACAGGGGUACAAGGGAACAAAUGCUUCAUUGUCAUAGAUUUCUGACCCAAGCCUAAUGGAGCAUCCCAGCCUUUAUAGACUGGACGAAACGGACAACUGGACUCCCAAACUGGCCGUACCGAUGACGCACAGAGGUAUUGCUUACCUGUCUGCUGGACGUACAAACGACACAGAGACAUCGCUUACCGGUCUACUGGCAGUAGGAGUAAUACAGAGACACCUAUCAGCUGUCUGCUGGCAGUAGGAAUGAUACAGAGACAUCGCUUACCGGUCUACGGGCAGUAGGAGUGAUACAUAGACAUCACUUACCGGUCUACUGGCAGUAGGAGUGAUACAGAGACAUCUGUCUGUCUGCCGGCAGUAGGAGUGAUACAGAGACAUUGCUUACUGGUCUACUGGCAGUAGGAGUGAUACAGAGACAUCGCUUACCGGUCUACUGGCAGUAGGAGUGAUACAUAGACAUCACUUACCGGUCUACUGGCAGUAGGAGUGAUACAGAGACAUCUAUCUGUCUGCCGGCAGUAGGAGUGAUACAGAGACAUCUAUCUGUCUGCUGGCAGUAGGAGUGAUACAGAGACAUCUGUCUGUCUGCCGACAGUAGGAGUGAUACAGAGACAUCUAUCUGUCUGCCGGCAGUAGGAGUGAUACAGAGACAUCUAUCUGUCUGCUGGCAGUAGGAGUGAUACAGAGACAUCUAUUAGCUGUCUACUGGCAGUAAGUGUGAUGCAACAGGGAUAUUUAUGAGCUGCGUACUGGCAGUAGGAGCUAUUCAAAGACAUCUAUUAGCUGUCUGCUGGCAGUAGGAGUGAUAUAGAGACAUCUAUCUGUCUGCUGGCAGAAGAAGUGAUUCUAAGACAUCUAUUAUUUAUUAGCUGUCUACUGGCAGUAAGUGUGAUGCAACAGGGAUAUUUAUGAGCUGCGUACUGGCAGUAGGAGCUAUUCAAAGACAUUUAUUAGCUGUCUGCUGGAAAUAAGAGUGAUACAGAAACAUCUAGUAGCUGUCUGCUGGCAGAAGAAGUGAUUCAAAGACAUCUAUUAUUAGCUGUCUACUGGCUUAGGAGUAAUUCAGAGACAACUAUUAGCUGUCUACUGGCUUUAGGAGUGAUUCAAAGACAUCUGUGUCCAGGCAGUAGGAGUGAUACAGAGAUAUCAUUUACAGGUCUACUGGCUGUAGAAGUGACACAGAGAGGCAUCAUUCACAGGUCUACUGAACGUACAAGCGACAGACACAGAGAAUCGCAUCCUGUCUUGGUCUAGAACUAGGUUUCAGUGUUGAUUCACUUCUUUCCAAUGGAUGUUGGUCUGGGCAUCUGUGGAUGUAAGCGUUAUUGUAGAUGAUAUUGAUACCCUUCUCUGAGCAGAAGGCUGGAGGUUGCCACUUGCGGGUCCCGCUUUUUGUCUUUCACUCCGUGUUUUGUACUGUUUAUUUAUUUUGUCUGUCCCUUGCCAUAAAUUAUGAUUAUUUAUUGUGCCAAUGUGUUUUUCUUUGCUUUAAUAAAUUUCAUGUGUAUUUGAA